UCACAUAAACGCUGUUGCCUCUCACUUUGAAAGGCCUUUUAUUUUUAGGUUGACAGCAGGGACUUGGUGCGACGUUGUGUCCACAACACCUGAUGCAAUGAUUCAAUACAUUGUCUGUUGAAUGAAUAUGAAAGAAUAUUUUUCUCUCAUUCUUCUGUUGCUGGGCUCCUGUGAGCAAGCCAGGCUGUUAGGCCCCCAGAGUGGCCGUGGGUGAGGACGCUCUGUCCCUCUGGCUGUUCUGGCACUCAUUUCCACCCCAAAGGCCAUUGUCCCUCUCCUUCCUCUUCGCCAAGUUCUCUUGCACCAAUAUAAGCACAGACUGGAAGCUGGUUGGCAGUCAUGAAUUUUAUGGCUGGCCCUGCAUGCAGCUGGAGUCUGGGUCCCCUGGACCUCCACAGCACCCCCCAAGCUCUGUACAGGGUCCUCCUAAUAGCGCUGGUCAUGAUGAGCUCGGCGUUCGGUAACUUUGAUCCUGUCAAUCAAAAACCCCCUCAUCCAGCUCAGUUCCCCAGAUACCUACGCUGUUAUCGAUGCCUCUUGGAGACCAAGGAACUGGGCUGCCUUCUGGGAUCUGACAUCUGCCUCGCUUCGCCUGGCAGCAGCUGCAUGACUCUCUUCAUCAAGAACAGCAGUGGCCCUGGCAUGAUGGUGAGCGACUGCAUCCGCAGGGCGCAGAUGAGUGAUUGCACACAGACCCGUCCAUCUCCGGUGUUUGGCUUCUGGACAUUCUCUCAAUGCUGCUUCCAGAAUUUCUGCAACAACCCACAGAACAGAGUGUCAUAUAUUCCAUAAAACUUCUGCAGAGACCUUCGGAGUAAAAUGCUGCCAGUCUCCAGCCAGCCUCCUGACUCCCUCCUGGGCCCGGCCGGACAACUCCCAGGCCCUCCCACCAGCCCUCCUGCCCCCCAGGUUACCAGACCCCAGCCCUAGUCUUGAUGUCUCAAGAGCCCAUUCCCACACUGCCCCUCCCCAGAUGUCUCUGGAGUUUUCCCUUCAAGUUCUCUCAGUCUGACAUCUUCCCUCCUCUGUUCUCCACCUCUUGGUUGCCUCUUUGCCCUGCUUUGCUCCUCGCUUACUCCACCUACAGGUCUCUCUUGACAGGUGUUCCUCCAAAAUAAACUGGUGUACGAACUGCAUGGUUUGUCUGUCUCUUCUGGUGGAGGUGGCAACUGAGGGAUGGGGUCCUGACUACCCCAUCGUGGGGGCAGGUAGGGUCUCCCAGCUCUGCUGAGCUCCUCCUGCCCUGCCUCGGUGUCUCUGAUUCAGCUGUGGGCACAAAAAAGGUGAAGAACUGAAAAGGGGUUCAGUGAAGGCAAAGGGCCGUGGGCAUCCUUGCUGGCGCUGUCAGGCAGAGCUGUGUGGGGACUGCAGGGGAGGUCCGUGGAGGCGGGGUGUCAGUGGGAGUGGGGCGGUGAACAAACCAGGCCCAGGGAGAAGGACACUCUGUGGAAAAGAUGCUAGGCCUAGUUUAGCCCUGGGCACUCUGACCCCAGGCUCAGCUUCCCUCGUCAAGGACCGCGGUAAGUCACUGUCCAGUUCUGGGCCUGGAGGUCACGGGGAGAACGGGGGUCCAGCAAGAGAGGAACACGUGGAAGGUCUGUACCCCUCUGUACCUCCAAAUGCCUUCUGACCUAAAAGUUAACACUGGUGUGUCCCGCCAGAGCACAGACCAUCAAAGGGGCCGUGGCGAUGUCACCUCACAGCAUGGGUGCCAAGCAUCGCGUACCUGAAGUGUACACGCUGUACGGCGCCAUCUCUAGCGCGCAUACACAACCCAUCUGAGCAGCUCCAACGCGGGGCAAUGGCCAGCCUGAGUGCAGGGCGUGCCUGGGAGGGCGCGUGGAGGUGGCUUUGGAUGCUGAAGGCCUUUAGCUGACGGGAACUGGUAACGGGGACAGUUUACAAAAGCCCGUUUUAUGGUAUGUAAGACUUUGGAGUAUUUUGCCCGAAAGGUUUAAAAACAGGCCAGUGUCUCUGUUUGUCUCGAAGGCAUGUGUCUAUUUUUGAGGCCCUGCCUUCCACUGUGUAGACUUACAUGCAUUCUCUCAAUCUUAGAAGGCACAGCCCUACCUGACAGGUGACCAGUGAGGCAGAAACAGCAACUUACCCAAGUGGCAGAGGACUGACUUUGGGCCCCCGCCCCCGCCACAAAGCUACAAGACUUCAGAAAAAGAUCUCAUAACCCCAGCACCGGGUUGCGAGUCGGGCGGGCAGACGCCUGGCUGUACCGCCUGCGAGUCCUGGUGCUUCACGCCAGGCCUGGCGCCCACCAGUGUGUCCAGUGUUUACCAACUGUAUGAGAAAGGCAGUUACAGCUAUUCAUUAUUGUUCAGUAUGCUUGUAGUUUUAAAAACUAAAUAAAAUUAUAUGUGUACCUAUAUCUCUGAAAGGCCCCCGACCAAAGGGGCCCUGGGUUCCAGGAUGCGGAAAAGAAUGGACAGGUAGGAACUCAGGUCCCACAGCCCCAGGUGACUCAGAGGCAGACGUGGGCCUUUUGCUUUGCUCUUGAGUUUUCCUGAUUUAGAAGUUUUUCCUCCUCUCUUAGGUGGAAAAACAUGACUUCACUUGGCUUUCUUUCUAGAUUUUGUUGGGCAUGUUUAAGGCUGGGAGGUGUCACAAUCCUCAUGCUUUGACCUCGAGCUGAACAGAGGGUGGGACGGACGUGGGCCCUUUGGAGCAGGCCAGGCGGAGGCCAUGUGGAGUG